AUGUCAGCGUACGACAGUUUUGAAAACACAUCACACGUGGUGGUGACUUACUUAUUCUCCGUGGCGCAGGAGGCACCCGCUGUUCGCGGUUGGAGCUUUGUUGCAGAUUCAACAGUUUUCGGUGUCGAUGUGGAUCCCUCAAGCGCUAUGAUAACACGGCGUACGGCUGAUAGCAGUACAACAGUUGCCACGCAGUUUAUUCGGUAUGCGGAUUCGGGUCUUCCAACGGUGACGGUCCUUGAUACCAUCACCGCGGGCUCAUCUCUGUUGUACACAGUCACAUUUCCGCGGCGACGUGUGUUUGCAGAUUCUAUUCCCGCCAGUACCCCAGAUGCGGUACCACCGCCGCAAGAGCAGGUCGGUGCCCAUCAUCACCGUCACCACCAUCAUCAUCGUCGACGUCGCCUUGGCGAAACUCCGCCACCGGGCGCUGGCGCCACGGUCAUUGUAUGGAGCAAUGACGUGGCAACCAUUACCGUACUUCCCACCGACCUCAGCGGUCCAAAGAGCUCCUCUCUGCCUAAUGGCAUUCGCACCUGCGCCGCCGCGCCACAACCUGCCGACACGGACUUUCUCCCUUUCGGACCUAAUCAAUGCCUCAACGUCACCGUGGGGAGCACCUACUACGCCGCCGCCAACCGCACUACCUUUGUUGUACGACUUCGCGCCACUGCCGUCGGCUCCGCCAGCCUCAGCACCACCAGCGGUACGACAGAGUACGUCAACUGUACGGCAUGGCUGUCAUCCUUGCCGUCGCCGGCGUUCCUGCGGGUGCUGCUCACCGAGGCGACGGCGGCCGAGCUUGCGGCCGCCGCCGCCGCCGCCGCUACUCCCCCACUCACGGCGCCCCUGGGUACCUUUAUCCAGGACGGCGCGCUGAUGGUGCCCCGCGGCGCCAUCGUACGGCCAGGACGAUAUUCCGGAAUGGAGCUGUCUUUCAGCCGUCAGGGUAUUAACGCCCUGCAGGAUGUCUGCACGCAGCGGGCCCUCGAGGGGCAGCUUCCGGACACGUGCGCGAUGCAGCUCCUAACCCGCAGUAGGUGUGAGGAGGACGUGAUUGGUAUCGACAGUGGCGGUACGGACCCCAUCGGCGACAUACCGGCGGUUUACGCGCCCCCGCCGGCGCCGCCGCCGCCGCCGCCGGCUCCUCCACGGAGCAGCGGCAGUGCGGGGGAGAACAGUCCGGCGACUAUUCAGGGGUAUAGCGGCAACGUCCGGACAGCGGACAGCGGUCUGUCGAAUAGUCAGACGGUGAUCAUCGUGUGCAUGGUUGUGGGUUCCGUUAUUCUUGGCCUUAUCACGCUCAUGGUCAUUACACACCAUAAGCGCAAGCGAUGGCAGCUGGGCAACCUUGACGACUCGUUCAACGCCUUCUCACUUGCCGGCGGCAGCGUUGGCGGCAACGUCAGCGGCGGCGGCGCAGGUGCAGGCGCCGCCGCUGGCACCACCGCCGCUGGAGGCCACGUCAUCAGUAUGACCGCUGACACACGCAGCGCGCCGGCGGCGCAGGCGGCAGCCUCGGUGACGUCGGCGGCGGCGUCAGCAGCGGGCUUGGCCGCGGGGCCGACCUACGGUACCGGCGGGACGGCGACGGCGGGACAGAAGCUAAAUGGCGGAGAGGACGUGGUUCCAGGUUCGAACCCGGCACGGAGCAAUGGAGGUGCAUCCGCCGGUGGCUCAGCGUUGCUGCAGCGACAGUCGAAUGGCUCACUCCCAGAAAAAAACGUACAUCACCACGAAAUGGUGACGUCAGCGACGGUGCAGAACGGAACACCGGCAGCACUAGCACCAGCGGUAGCGGCGGCGGCACCCGCCACGGUCGCCGCCUCCGCAGCCUGUACGGCAGAAGAGCAUCCAGAUGUGGUGGUUAGGGCCGGAGAGAUCCAAGCAACGCAAGGGGAAGCGGAGGCGGAGAAGACCGACUGGCGCUUGGUGGCGGAAAUCGGCCAGCCGCUCCCUUCGGCAGUAGCCCCCGCUACACCAGCCUUGCCGCCGGGGGUGACGCCAACGCUAGAGCCCGCGCAAGCGCCGCCGCCGGCGGUCACGUCAACGGAGGCGAUGACGCCGGCUGCGGCGAUGACGCCGGCGGCGGCGGCGCUCGAUACGGCUCUUCCGCCGGGGACCAUUCCCGCUCCAGUAACAUCCCCCAAGAUGCCGAUACCAGAGCAGGCUCCGGAACCACUUCCGGAGGCAUCGACUGCGACACUUGAACCAACGCCGUCGCCGCCGUCAAUCCCAAUCCAGGCCUCGGCUCCCACGCCGACGGAAGCGCCGACGUCAACUGCCGUACGGCAACCUGCGUCAGCUUCGCCGCCGACGCUGGACGCUGCGCAGCAAGCACAGUUGCCUUCCAUGCCUACCCUGGCUUCGAUGCCGCCGCGGGACGCGGUGCCUCCGACAACGCAUCAAUCUCCGAAGCCUACGCGAGUUUCGGAAGAGCAACAAAGUUCAUAA